UUAUCAAUGAUUGUUGAAUGCCAUCACUCCCGAGAUUUGUCAGGCCACCGUCCCGCCGACAGCCCCGCCAGCACUCCAGCAGGCAGCAGCAGCUGACGGAUGUAAACACCAAACACAACAUGGCGGGUGACGAGUGACGUGCUGGGCUGACCUCAGAUGCUGCAAUGGCAUCUUCAUAUUUUCCAGGCUCGGGAGAUAUUAUUAACCUUAACGUUGGUGGGCAAAGGUUCAGUACAUCACGACACACAUUAACAUGGGUCCCUGACACUUUCUUCACUUCAUUACUCUCGGGGCGUAUUUCAACACUAAGAGAUGAAUCUGGUGCUAUAUUCAUUGACCGGGAUCCAUCUCUCUUCAGCAUCAUUCUUAAUUAUCUGCGGACAAGAGAUCUCAACAUGGUAGUUGUGGACAUCAAUGCGUUGAGGCAUGAAGCAGAAUUUUAUGGCAUUGCUCCAUUGGUGAAAAGAUUGAUGCUAUGUCAAGACUUGCAUCAUUCAUCAUGUGGAGAUGUCUUGUUUUGUGGAUAUCUUUCACCUCCAAACAUUCCUAUUCAAGAGCCCCCACCAACAUCAGCAUCUGAGUCACGUCCAUCAAAUAGUGUGAGCAAUGCUAGCAGUUCCAGUGGCAGUACUAGCAGCGCCAACACCACCAGUACUGUUUCUUCAGUGGGAGGCAUACGUGUACCUGAAGGUCUUGCUGCAAGUGGGGGAGUGCCUGGUGCUGUUGCUGUGCCCAGACCAGGACACUCAAGAAACUCCUCCCUUGACAUGCGUCACAACCCACCACAACUUGUCGGUCAAGGUAUUCACAGUGGUGUGUAUCCAGGCCAUAUAUCACGAAGCUCAAGUGAUCUGCGGAGUCAUGCAGCAAGAACACACUCCAGAACACCCUCUAUGGACCUGAGACACUCUAGAAAUUCCUCGGCUGAUCUUAAUAAAUUCUUCAAAAAUGAAAUCAGUGUUCUGAAUAAUGUUGGACCACCUGGUUCAGCUUGGGUCGAUCCGUUGCGUGUUCGAAUGGUCAAGGCACAUCAUAAUUGGAUUUUAGUGGCUUAUGCUCACUUUGUCACAUGUUAUAGUGCUGUGAAUCGAUGGAAUAAAGACAGUACAGGCUGGCAACUGGCAUUCACCUCUCCGUACAUUGACCAACUCAUUGAAAGAGUUGCCCUCAAUGCUAAGCUUUCCCCGCCAAGUCAGGGUGGAGAAGCGGGCCAGAAGAUGCUGGCAAUUUCUUAUUCUUCCCACAUUCGACUCUGGGGCAUUGCUGAGGAUGGCAGUAAGAAUGAUAUUGGAACGUUUAAUCUUAAGGUCUCGGUGGAAUAUCUCUUCUUUAUUGGAUCUCAGUUAGUCGCUCUCUCAUCUGUGGGUAAAAUUGGAGUGUGGCAUGCCAUGACUCAGCACUGGCAGAUCCAGGAUGUGCUCCCCAUUGCAUCUUUUGACACUGCUGGUUCCUUCCUGCUUCUUGGCUGCACCAAUGGUUCCAUUUACUAUAUUGAUAUGCAGAAGUUUCCACUGAGAAUGAAGGAUAAUGAUUUGCUUGUUACUGAGCUCUACCAUGAUCCAUCAAAUGACAUCAUCACUGCUAUCUCAGUGUACCUCACACCAAAAACAAAUGUUUGUGGAAAUUGGAUUGAGAUAGCCUAUGGCACCAGUUCUGGGACUGUGCGGGUUAUAGUGCAGCACCCAGAGACAGUUGGACAUGGUCCUCAGCUCUUCCAGACUUUUACAGUUCAUAGAUUUCCUGUCACCAAGGUGACACUGUCAGAAAAGUUGCUGAUCAGUGUGUGCAGUGAGUACAAUCACGUCCGCACUUGGUCAGUCACUCGGUUCAGAGGAAUGAUAUCAACACAGCCAGGCUCAACACCGCUAUCAUCAUACAAAAUUCUUACUAUUGAUGAAGUUGAUCCAAAUAUUUAUUAUGCUAUUGCUAAUGACUGUGGUCCAUACGGAGAGCAGGAUGACGAACAAGUAUUUAUUCAAAAAGUGGUACCAGAAACAGAUCAGCUGUUUGUACGCCUUGCUAGUAAUGGCAGGAGAGUGUGUGUUAUCAAAUCUGUAGAUUCCACUACAAUAAGUGGGUUCUGUGUACAUGAGUGUGAGGGAAGCAGUCGCAUGGGGUCAAGGCCGAGACGCUACAUAUUCACAGGUCAUUCCAAUGGUGCCAUUCAAAUGUGGGACUUAACAACUGCCCUUGAACUUAGUAACAAGGGUGAGUCAGGUGUACUGAUCAAUGGGGGCCCCGAGCCAUCUGAACUUCUGCGUCUCCUGGAUGUGUGUGAUCUGAGCAAUUCAUACUGUACCACACCGUGUUUGUCACCAUCGCCUCUCACACCGGCCAAUGUUCCACCACCUCAUCAGCGUCCCUUCCCAAAUGCCAGUUACCUUCAUUAUGGAUUGAACUCUUAUCUGCACCAGCCAAACAGCAGCUAUGUGGUCAGUCCGUCCACCAGUGGAGGGGCGCAGGCACAGCCCCACCCAGGCCCUUUGUUGAAACCGGCCAAUGUGGCUUUCCUUUCUCAUAAUCAAGCCUCUUCUAGUAGAAAUAAUCUUCCAGGUGCUUCCAAUGAUGAUGAAGAUGAAGGAACAGCAUGUUGAUGGUUUUCUUCAGGUAUGGUUGCCAGAGUUGCUCAGAAUGCAGUAAGAUGAAUGACAUAAAUCAUCUUUUUUUGUUAAGAUUUGUGCCGGGAAAUUUUCAAGUGAACCUUCUUUUGCAUAUUUUAUUCCAGAUAAUAAUUCUAGCAUAGUUUAAAACUGAUAUAUGUGAGUUAAUAGUUUGUGUGACAUUUUUUAAUUUGUCUUUCAGUGAAAUUUAUUAUUUGAUGCUUAAAAUUGUGUUUUUCAGGUGUGUAGUUUAUAGAAUCUCAUAAGAAUAACAUUUCUCACAUGAAUGGCCAUCUCACAUAUUGGGUGACACUAUCAGAAAUGUUAUACAAGUAUAUGAGCUGCUGAGUCUUGCUUUUUGCAACUGUUACAUUCCAGGAAGGAGUUGUGAAUGGCAAGUUCAUAAAUGAUGAAAUUACUUUUGAAUUUGAAAAAUUUGGUUAUGUACCAGAAUGCUCCUAUUCUAUAUGUAUUUUCCAUCAACACACACACACACACACACACACACACACACACACACACACACACACACACACACACACACACACACACACACACACACACACACACACACACACACACACACACACACACACACACAC